AAUCUCGUCGCAGUGUUUUCGUGCAGAUCUCGAGCACGUAAAGGCAUCAGGGGAAAGGAACAACAAAAACGGUCUUUUCGAAAACUGACAGUGCUCGGUUGGCUAGUGUAAACUCUGUGAUAGCGAAUAACGAAAAACUAAAAUAGUGCAACUUUGAAUAAAAAUGUUUAAGUUUAGUGCGGUCUUCGUCAUCCUGGCAGCGGGAGCUGCCAUCGCCGAGCCCCCAGUUAGCGGCGGCUACUCAUACCCUUCCGGUGGACACAGCGGACACGGAGGUGGACACGGUGACAACGGCGGCUACAUCUCCGUCAGCCCUGGCCACCAAUCUUCCGAGGGUCUCCAUGUGGACCCGCAGCUGCUGCACAAGGUGAAGGAAGUCCUGCUGGAGCAUGAAAACUCCGGCUCCGGAUCGUUCGGAGGUCACUCAUCUUCGCAUGGAAUUUCGGUACCGUCGACCUCGUACGGUGUUCCAUCGUCCUCGUACGGACCUCCGUCUCACUCGUACGGACCGCCAGCUCCCUCUCCAGUUUACGGUGUGCCCUCGUUCGGAGGACAUUCAUCUCGCGUGGUUGGAAUCGAGCUCGGCCACGUGCGCCAGGGAACCCAGGUCGCCCAGUACUACAAGGCCCAAAGUGCCCCUUCGUACUCUUCGUCAUCUCACUCAUAUUCCGCUCCGUCCCACUCUUACUCGGCUCCUUCCCUCUCAUCGUUCACGCCUUCUCACUCGUACUCUGCUCCUUCUCAGUCUUACUCUGCUCCUUCUAUUUCCUCUUUCUCACCUUCUCAUUCUUACUCUGCUCCGUCUCAUUCGUACUCUGCCCCAUCUCACUCCUACUCUGCUCCUUCUCACUCUUACUCCGCACCGUCCAUCUCGUCUCACUCCUUCUCGGCUCCUUCACUGUCUCACUCGCACUCCUCGCACGCUUCCUUCUCCGUUCCAUCCUCGUCAUACGGAGUCCCCUCUUUCUCCAGCCAUCGUGCUCCUUCCCCAGUUUACGGAGCCCCUGCUCCAUCCAUCCACUCGGUCGGUUCCUUCCGGCCCCCAGCACCAGUCUACCACGCUCCGGCCCCGGUCUACUCCGCCCCACGACCAGUGUACGGACCACCCCACCACCACCACUGAAAAAGGCCGUCAUCGAAUCACACGCGAUUCUAAGUCAUUCCAUACGAUUUGUGUAAAUAAUUUAUUCAUGCGCCUCUCCGAAAUCCUUCAUCAAACGCUCAUCAACAAUUGUUAAAAAAUAAAACAU